AUGAGCCCAAACUACGCCGACUCCAUCAAGCUCGUGGAAGACAACUACUUCCACUGGGAGUUCAACAUGCGGAUGAAGGUCUCGCGCAAGGGACUGCUGGCUCACAUCAUCAAGCCAGAGUUCGACCCGGUGAGCAACCGCGCCACGGAUCAAUGGAAGACCGGCGACCUGAAAGCCCUUGGUGUGAUAGCUGGAGACGUCAGCCUCACGUACCAAGUCUACAUCCGUGGUGCAAUGACUGCAAUGGACGCAUGGGCCCAGCUCCAAGAGCAGUUCAACUGGAACACGCUGAAGAACCGACUCCUCGUGACAAAAAAGCUACACGCUUUCAAGAUGGAGCCCGGUACGCGUUUCGCGGUGCAUGUGGACCAGUUCAAGGAACUGGUAUUGCAAAUGGAAACGAUUGGGGAACCUAUCAAUGAAACCUGA